AUUCGCUUCCACACGCCGUGCGUAAUUUCACCCACGCCAAAUUAGCAAAGCUUCACCUCCAUCCUCGUCAAUCCUCGAACGUAUAUCGACGGCAAUUAAUCGGUCGCGAUGGGUCACUCUUACGGAAAGCGAGCGGGCACUCGAUAUGCCUUCAGCAGGGACUUCCGCCGCAAGGGCAUGAUCGCCCUGAACACCUACCUGAAGGUGUACCACGUCGGUGACAUUGUCGACAUCAAGGCCAACGGUGCCGUGCAGAAGGGCAUGCCCUACAAGGUCUACCACGGCAAGACGGGCGUUAUCUACAACGUCACCAAGAGCGCCGUCGGCAUCAUCAUCUACAAGAAGGUCAAGCACCGCUACAUCGAGAAGCGCAUCAACGUCCGAAUCGAGCACAUCCAGCCCUCUCGAUCCCGUGAGGACUUCAUCAAGCGAGUCAAGGCGAACGCGGCGGCGAAGAAGCAGGCCAGAGCCGAUGGCGUGACUGUCCAGGUUAAGCGACAGCCCGCUCUCCCCCGAGACGCCUCCACGGUUUCCCUGACCGACAACCCUCCGGAGACCGUCACUCCUCUGGCAUACGAAACUACAAUCUAAAGGGAAUGGUCGGUGUGGUGCUUGCUUCGGUUUUUCUUAAGGUGUUGUGUUCGGACAGGAAAGAACUCAGCAUGUGACCAAGGUCUGCAAUUUUUUUUAUUUUGAUGUUCAUAGCAAAAGAGGCAAUAUGACAUCGACAACGUGUGCAUAUAUUCUCGGUGGCCACUUUCCUAGAGAGUCGUGUGGCAUCCAUA